AUGGUUGGCGUCUUCUGUACCUAUUGCGGCAAGAGCUUCACCAGAAAAGAGCACCUAGAGAGACACAUCCCCAGUCAUACCAACGUGAAGCCACACCGUUGCACCUCAUGCCAAUUGUCGUUUGCUAGAAGGUUUGCAUUCCAUGUGAAAGGCUAUGUCGAGGAUGGCCCACAGCUAACGUCACCUAGGGACCUUCUUCAGAGACAUCAGAGCAGUUACCACGAAAUUCACGACACGAUGCAGCCCGCCCCAGGAAGAACUCCGCAGCUGACACGACGAACCCCCAUUGCCUGUCUUAACUGUGCAAAUGCGAAAGCAGGCUGUGACAAGACAGUCCCUUGUACUCGAUGCUAUGAGAAAAACCUCCCAUGUGAGGCUAGGUUCGCACGCCGGAUAUCGAAGAUUGCUGUCCGUACCGCUGGGACCGCCAUUACCAAGAGGAUAUCAGCUCAAUCAAACUCAACUGGAAAUAUGGAUGUAGACAGAGAUGCUGUCGAGACUUUAUAUGGCGAGAACAAGUUCGUCCGUUCCGGCAGCGUGGCGCAUCCUCAUGUACACAUCGCUGGCGAUAAUGACGGCUCUUCAUUUCCAGACGGCGGAUAUCUUGGUGGAGAGGGAUUCGAGUCCCUCCCUAUCCCGGUAAUGGAUAGCAACGGAUUCAUGGACUUCACUGAUAAUUUCAAUAACCCGGCAAUCGACUUUCAGGAGUUCCUUUCAUGGGGGGAAUACCCGAUGGGCUUAGAGAAUUAUAGUGGCGGAGACGUUCCAUCGCAGUCGUGUUUAGAUGGCUUUGACCUUCCAACUUGCGACCUGAGUGAGGCAACAUCAUCGAGUUCCUAUGCCAGAACCUCGAGAUCCUCCCGUGCAUCGGUUUCCACAUCCCACACCAGGAACACUAGCCACGCUUCUCCGACACCUAUGAUGUCCCCAACAAAGAGACAUGCGUGCAUUGAUACAAGGAUGAAAACACCUUUCAUCUCUGAGUUCGAAGCAGUUAUCGCUGCGGAGGAUGCAUGGCCACUUGCGCGGUGUAACCCCCCCAUCUUUUCGGAUACCUGCCCACGGACCGGUAUCGUCCAUUUGGAAACCUUGGAGCAGAAUUCGCAAAAUCCAACCGUCUGGGACUCCCUUAUGGACAACCAAGAUUUCGCCAUGGACCACCCUACCUCAAUCGCCAUAGUUCCUUUAAAUUCGAGUACGAGGGAUAAGAUCCUAGCGAUCACGCAAAGCUUUCUUCAUAAAGCCUUGAAAACUCACCGCGGUGGUUUGAACAGCUGGCCAAAGUCAGCCGCACCUCAAAACUCCGGUGGCGGAUUUAGUUUCUUGGUACUGCCACCGGCUGGAACCCUGGAAUACUUCCUCCAGAAUUACGUUCGGACCCUUACCUCGUAUUAUUCCCUAAUACAUGGGGGAACCGUCGACCCUAAUGAACUAAUGCUGAACAACCAGGCAUCCACCUUGUUGGUGCUACUGAUGAUUGCGCAAGGUGCCACCGCGAUCCCAUCUCCACAGGCACGUCAGUUGACGGCUGGGUUAACCGAAACAUGUCGGAUAUCGCUUUUUGACCUCAUUGAAAAGGACGUGGAGUUGUCCGCAGAUCCUGUUGUCCUUAGAUGUGCUUUGUUGUUCACAAUGCUUGCGGCUUGGGGCGGUGAUAAAUGGCAUAUGGACAUGGCCAUGGGUCAGAGGGGAAUGUACCUUGCUAUGCUCAAACAUGCGGGAAUGAUGGAGCCACAGCCGCCAUUUACUCCGGUAUUUGAUAAUUGCUCAAGCAAAGAUCUCCAAUGGAGGACUUGGGUGAGGAGAGAAACUAGGAAUCGCCUCGUCUAUAAUUGGGUGAUGGCCGACCAAGAAUUAAGUCUGUUCCACGAUACACCCUGCGUUCUCUCGACCACGGAGUUGCAAACACCGAUCCCGAGCGACGAGGCCCUGUGGCUUGCCAAAGACGCCGAUGAAUGGCUUGCCGCUCUAUGUGCCUCCCAUGAUCGUCCUGACAGGAGAACUACCGUGCCGGGCUUGACUCCCCACUUCAGCCCGUCUAUCGGUGAUCUCUUCCAAGACUUACUCCAUGACAACAUCCAAUCCCAUCGGCAAUUGACACCACUCCAGCUCAAGCUCCUCCUUCAUCCGCUGCACUCCCUCGUCUCGCACCUUGGACACAUCAUAACUUGCUUUUCAGAUGGACCGGGCUCACUUCGCGGAAAUCGAACCGUCACGAAGGCAUCGACCCUUUCAAGACUUGAAGAAGUUCAGUCCCUACUUCAAAGAUGGUACGGCCUCUGCAUCUUCCACACAGGCGAUGAUCCGGUGGCCCCUAUUGUCCAGGAAAAUCUGGUUCUUUAUCACCUCAUCAGUCUCAAUGCUGUGACUUCAUUCCCCGAUAUUGAGCGUGUGGCACGAAAAGAGCACUUGGGCGAAUCCCUUACCCAUUCUUCCACCCUCUACAAGCGGUGCAUUUAUCGCGGAGAAGAGGCGUUGUUCCAUUGUGGCCAAGUUCUCCGCUUGAUUAACUCAAUACCAAAACACCGCCGACCUCAUUGGUGGUCUGCUGCAGUCUAUCGAGCUACGUUGAUAGUGUGGUUAUAUAGCCUCUCGCAGGCCGCGACCGUGCCACACAGAGUUGGCAACGAAAAUUUCUUCGCGAUUGAUGCUGUAACCCCGGAGCACCCCUCUGUGACAUCUUAUCUGUGGAACGGGGAGGGGAUUCCAGUUCUCAGCCGCAGCGAUGGAGGCUUCACUGAGUUGAAUCAACCCGGUCAAGUAUUGAAGCAUUGUUCCCAGCUGCUUACGGAGGGAAUCUCAGGCAGGAUGCCCGAUGGAAUCGGCAGGAAGCUUCAAACACUUUACAACAACUGGUGUUUUGACUCGCCAGAUGCUUUUACAUGA